AUGAAAUCAUUGGAAACUCUGGAUCUGUCAUUCAAUAAGUUAUCCGGAGUCAUUCCUCAAAGCUUUUCGGCGCUGAAUUCUCUGAACCACUUGAAUCUGUCUUACAACAAUCUAUCGGGAGCGAUUCCAUCGGGGAAUCAACUUCGGACGCUGGAGGAUGCAUCCAUUUAUAUCGGAAAUGUCCAACUCUGUGGACCUCCGGUGACCAAGAGUUGCUCCGACGAUCCCAACGUCGAUUCGACAGAAGAGGAGUACGAACAAGGAUCUCAUGUGCUGUCAUUUUACUUUGGUACCGGGCUCGGAUAUUUGGUCGGCUUAUGGAGUGUGUUCGUGAUCAUGCUGUUCAAGAAAGAUUGGAGGCUCUUCUAUUUUGCAACGGUGGACAAGAUGUACGACAGAGCUUAUGUGGCAAUCAAGAUAAGAAUGCGAAAUUGCCAUGACGCAGCUGAUCGAAUGUGA